AUGUUGUGCGGAAUGACCUCUUGCGGCCGGAAGGCCUUGACUCUCCUGAGCGGUGUGUUUGCUGUGUGUGGCCUGGGUCUCCUUGGGGUGGCCGUUAGCACAGACUAUUGGCUAUACCUGGAAGAAGGGACUAUUUCCCCCCAGAACAUGACAACGGAAGUCCAGAUGUCGCUGCACUCUGGCCUCUGGAGGGUUUGUUUUCUGGCAGGAAAGGAGCGUGGCCACUGUUUUACCAUCGAGUAUGUGAUGCCAAUGAAUGUGCAACUGACCUCAGAAUCCACCAUCAGUGUUUUAAAAAUGAUACGAUCAUCCACUCCUUUCCCACUGGUCAGCCUGUUUUUUAUGUUCAUUGGUUUUGUGUUGAACAACAUUGGACAUAUUAGACCUCAUAGGACUAUCUUAGCCUUUGUGUCAGGAAUCUUCUUCAUACUUUCAGGUUUGUCACUGGUUGUUGGACUUGUGCUGUAUAUAUCGAGCAUCAAUGAUGAAAUGUUAAACAGAACCCCGGACUCAGAGAGCUAUUUCCACUACAAGUAUGGAUGGUCCUUUGCCUUUUCUGCCAUAUCCUUCCUGCUGACUGAGAGCGCUGGAGUAAUGUCAGUAUAUCUCUUUAUGAAGAGAUAUGCAGCCGAGGAGAUUUACAGACCCCAUUCCAGCUUCUACAGACCGAGGCUCAGUAAUUGCUCCGACUACUCAAGCCAGUUCCUGCACCCAGAUGCCUGGCCUCGUGGGCGGAGUCCCUCCGACAUUUCCAGUGAGGCUUCCCUGCAGAUGAGCACCAACUAUCCAGCACUUCUCAAGUGCCCCGACUAUGACCAGAUGUCCUCCUCGCCCUGCUGA